AUGUCUGGCUACGCGCAGCACGACGACUUUGGCCAUCUCGAGGGAGCGUCGGGGUACUCGCUCGACUUGGACGACACCUCGUCGCUUCACUCGAGCGUACUCUCGUCUGCGCAGGCGACACCGGGACCUUCGACACCAGGCGACGCAGCGGACGCGCUCAUCGUCAACUUCGACGACCUCUCACUUUCGGGAUAUGGGGCGGGAGGAGCGGGAGGAGCGGGCGCUGGGCUGGACGGGCAGGACGCGGACGCAGCGGCAGCGAACGUGGCCAACUUGUAUGAGGAGGAUUUCGACGGGAUGCUCGACGACCUGAAUCGGGAGGAGUUGCCGCCGCAUGCGUGCAGCUACUGCGGCAUUCACAGUCCGGCAUGCGUGGUGCGCUGCCUCAUCUGCAACAAGUGGUUCUGCAACGCUCGCGGCUCGACCUCCGGCUCCCACAUCGUCAACCAUCUCGUUCGCGCCAAGCACAAGGAGGUCACGCUUCAUGCCGAGUCGCCCUUGGGCGAGACGACGCCCGAAUGCUACUCGUGCGGCGCGAAGAACGUCUUCAUCCUCGGCUUCAUCCCCGCCAAGAGCGACACAGUCGUCGUCCUUCUCUGCCGUCAACCCUGCGCGGCGAUGCAGAGCUCGAAGGACAUCGUCUGGGACACGACGCAAUGGUCGCCCUUGAUCGAAGACCGCUCCUUCCUCUCGUGGCUCGUCAAGGUCCCGUCCGAGCAGGAGCAGCUCCGCGCGAAGCAGAUCACGUUUCACCAGAUCAACCGCCUCGAGGAGCUGUGGCGGGAUAACGCGAAUGCGACGCUGGAGGAUCUCGAGAAGCCGGGUGUCGACGAUGAGCCGCAGCCGAUCCUGCUUCGCUACGAGGACGCCUACCAAUAUCAGAACAUCUUCGGCCCGCUCGUCAAGAUCGAAGCCGACUACGACAAACGCCUGAAAGAGUCGCAGACCCAGGACGGCCUCGUCGUGCGAUGGGACAUGGGUCUGAACCAGAAGCGGAUCGCAUGGUUCAACCUGCCGAAGCUCGAGUCGGGCGAGGUGCGGUUGGCGGUCGGAGACGAGUUGAGGUUGCGGUACAAUGGCGAGCUGCACAAGCCGUGGGAAGGUGUCGGACACGUCAUCAAGGUGCCGAACAACGUUUCCGACGAGAUCGCCCUCGAGCUCAAGCGCAGCGACCACGUCCCGAUCGACUGCACGCACAACUUCUCCGCCGACUUCGUUUGGAAGUCGACGUCGUUCGACCGUAUGCAGCAGGCGAUGCGCACGUUUGCGGUGGACGAGCAGAGCGUGUCGGGAUACAUCUACCACAAGCUCAUGGGACACGAUGCGGAUCCGCCGCAGGUCCUCCGUGCUCAGAUGCCGAAGAGGGUUUCCGCGCCCAACCUUCCUGAUCUCAACCACUCGCAGAUCUACGCCGUCAAGAGCGUCCUUCAGAAGCCGCUUUCGCUCAUCCAGGGACCGCCUGGAACCGGCAAGACCGUCACCUCCGCCUCGAUCGUCUACCACCUUUCGAAGAUGAACCCCGGCCAGGUCCUCGUCGCUGCGCCAUCGAACGUCGCCGUUGACCAACUCACCGAGAAGAUCCACCAGACGGGCCUCAAGGUCGUCCGCGUGACAGCCAAGUCUCGCGAGGCGCUCGAGUCGUCCGUCUCCUUCCUGACGCUUCACGCUCAAGUCGCCAACUCGGAUACGCACCCGGAGCUGUCGAAGCUCAUCCAGCUCAAGCAGGAGCAGGGCGAGUUGAGCAGUUCGGACGAGCGCAAGUUCAAGUCUUUGACGAGGAUGGUCGAGAAGGAGAUCUUGACGAACGCAGACGUCAUCUGCGCGACGUGUGUCGGAUGCGGCGACCCGCGACUCAAGAACCUCAAGUUCAGGACGGUCUUGAUUGACGAGGCGACUCAGGCGACUGAGCCCGAGUGCAUGAUUCCGCUCACGUUCGGCGUCAAGCAGCUGGUCAUGGUCGGCGACCACUCGCAGCUCGGUCCGACCAUCAUGAACAAGAAGGCAGCUCGUGCCGGCCUCAACCAAUCCCUCUUCGAGCGUCUUAUCCUCCUCGGCAACCGCCCAAUCCGCCUUCAAGUUCAGUACCGCAUGCACCCCUGCCUCUCCGAGUUCCCUUCGAACAUGUUCUACGAGGGCACGCUCCAGAACGGUGUCACGGCGCCCGAGCGACUGCGCAAGAAUGUGGACUUUCCCUGGCCGCAGCCGACGACGCCCAUGUACUUCCACCAGAACCUCGGACAAGAGGAGAUCUCGUCGAGCGGUACUUCCUUCCUCAACCGAACGGAGGCGUCGAACGUCGAGAAGAUUGUCACCCGCUUCUUCAAGGCCGGCGUCAUGCCGUCCCAAAUCGGCAUCAUCACGCCGUACGAGGGUCAGCGCUCGUACCUCGUCUCGUACAUGCAGAUGAAUGGCUCGCUCAAGAAGGAGCUGUACAAGGAGAUUGAGGUGGCCUCCGUGGACGCCUUCCAAGGUCGCGAGAAGGACUACGUGAUCAUGAGCUGCGUCAGGAGCAACGAACACCAGGGCAUCGGUUUCCUCAACGACCCGCGCCGUCUCAACGUUGCCCUGACGCGUGCCAAGUACGGCCUCGUCAUUCUCGGGAACCCCAAGGUCCUCAGCAAGCACGCGCUGUGGCACUACCUCCUCACGCACUACAAGGAGAAGAAGUGCCUCGUCGAAGGGCCGCUCAACAACCUCCAGCCGUCGAUGAUUCAGUUCAGCAAGCCUCGCCGCCCGUAUGACCGCAACGCCAGCAUGAACCGCUUCCAGCACGACGCGCGCGACAUGCUCAACGGCACGCCGAACGGCAUGGGCGAUAGUCGCAGCUCGAACGGCCUCCCCUCGCGCUUCGACUCGAGCUACUACCGCACGCACGACGCCAUCAGCUCCGUCCCGUCCGACGCGCAGUCCGUCCGCUCGCAGGCGAUGUACUCGUCCGGCUUGCCCAACUUUGGCCAGGCCGGCUCGGCGUACCUCUCGAGCAUGAAGCGCGGCGGCGGUCCGCCUUCGACAUUCUCGCAGGACUUCCUCUCGUCGGCCGACAGCGCGAGUGUGCGCGGAGACGACGCGAGCAGUAUCGUCAACGGGCUCGGCGGCGUGCCAGGCAGCGGCAUGAGCAGCGCGGCGAGCAGCGUCGGGUUCUCGCAGGCCGACAGGCUCAGCUUGGCCGACUCGGCGAGCGAGUACAAGUCGCAGGCUGGGUGGACGAACGACGACGACGCGAGGACGACGUACACCCUCUCGAACGUCACCGACUACUGA